UGGAACAGAAAGAUGAACUAGUUAUCUAGUUACGAGAACUCACAUACAAUGAGAAAAUAUGUAUUGCUAAUUGUGAAUUCAUAGUGGCUGCUCUCACGCGAACUUGUGUUUUUUGUUCUAUCAGAAUGCAUGUAGGCGAAAGAAUAGUGUUCAUGCAUUUAUAGAGUAUACGUCAUUGCAUGAAAACAUACUGGCUUUAGACAAGACGAUUUUACUUUUAAACAACUUUGUGUUUUUUUGAAUAUGUAAAAGUGGCUUUUAAUCAAAUUCAUUUUUGAUUGUUUUGAUAUGUUCCAAACGGAUUUGGAACUACCAUUCUCGGAAAAGAAUUUUUGUGUAAAAAAAUCAAGUACUGUCAAAGUGAAAACAAUUGAUUUCAUUCAAGACAUUUUGAUAAGAUUAUAAUGGCAAAUAAAGAGAUGUGAUAUUAUAUAUAGUUUAAGGAGUUGUAAAUAUUAUAUUUUGUUAUUUAAUGUGAUAUGUUUUGAACUUGUUUUGUGAUAUUCCAAAAUAAUGGGACAGUUUUGGACAAAAAUAUUCAAACAUAAAGACGUCAGGAUAUUGCUCUUAGGAUUGGACGGUGCGGGAAAGACAACACUAUUAUACCGUCUUAAACUCGGAGAAGUGGUCACUCACAUUCCUACCAUAGGAUUCAAUGUAGAACAGCUAACAUACAAAAACAUAACAUUCACAGCAUGGGACAUAGGUGCUAGAGACAAAAUGAGGCCGUUAUUCCGACAUUACUAUAAAGGAACAGACGCCGUAGUAAUGGUGAUAGACUCUUCUGACCGCGAGCGAUUGGACGAGUUGUAUUGUGACGUGCUUAAGCCCGCCCUGCACGCUGACGAACUAGCCAAUAGCGUGUUCUUAUUCCUUGUCAACAAACGUGACCUGCCAAAUACAUUAGAUAAAGAUGAAGUUGCGGCUAAAUUAAAUCUACAAUCAAUCAAACAUAUAUGGAACAUUAUCGAAACAAGUGCUAUACAGGGAGACGGUUUAACAGACUGUAUGGACUGGCUAGCGCUACAUCUAGGUUCAAGUUCGACUUCAACAAAGAAACCGUCCUCUCAGGCUGUACACAGAACUUAUAGUGACUCUUCUCCAUCUCAUUGUGAUAAAUCAACAGAGAGUAUCAAAGACAAAUCUGCUCACAGAGAUUACUGCACACGUGCAUAUAGUGCAUUUAAGUGUUUCUUCAUACGACCAAAUGUACCACCAGACAUCGCAGAUUAAACGAUGUCUUUAAUUCGAACAAUCAAAAUUCUGUGAUCUAUUUUGGAGUGCUAUAAAAUCUUUGGAAAGUUGUUUCUUGUUUAAACGUAUAUAAACAUUAUUAAUACAUUUAUAUUGUAAUACAAUACUAAUAAAUUUUAAUAAAAAAGUAGAUUGUUGUAAAA